AUGUAUGGUGAUUUGGGUAAUAAGUUAAUUCGGGAAGCCAAAAGAACGCAGCAGCUCAUGAGCUCCAGCUCCCCUGCUCAAUUACCCAUGUAUCAAGAAGAAAUGGUACGUUCGAUAUUAAAGGAGGUAGCUCAUCUACAGCGUAACGCCGAGUAUCUAAAAGAGCAAACUGAAAGUGGAAAACUAUUCAAGUGUCAAUAUUUUGUUACCAUGCUUUGUAUUGAAAGGAAUAAGAGAUGUCUUCUGGCCUACGAGAAAACAAGAAGUGACAUAUUGGAUUCGAUAGUUUGGGAUAAUAAUGGGAUGGAAAUGCUCAGCUCUAUGGGUAGUACAAAUCAUAGCAGUAGUAAUCUUUCCCAUCCAGAACAGGAAUAUAUAAUGGAAUACUCUCAGCUGAUAUCUGAUAUGAAAACAGGCGAUCUCGUGGAUAUAGAUUUAUCUGGCAGUCUUUCGCCUCCAAGCGACGUCUUCAUUGAUGUGAGGGUAUUGAAGGAUGCAGGUGAGAUUCAAACUGAGUAUGGGGUGUUCAAUCUGAUAAAGGAUUCGCAGUUCUUCGUCAGGCAAACUGAUGUAGAAAGAUUAAUACAACAAGGUUAUUUGCAAAAGCUAUAG